UCAGUUUGAAAGUGAAGCGCAAACGAAUCGAAAGCAACAAGUUGCUGUUGUCGCAAUAGCCCCAACACCAUCGCCGUCGCUUUCGUUGUUGUUUGGUUGGUAAAUUAACAGUUGGUAGCUGGUGUUGUUGUUUGUUGGUUGUGUGCUUGUCAACGUAACGUUCGUGCAAACAAAAACGUAAUACCAUUGAGUGCUGGUUAACAACGUUUGUGCAAAAAAACUAACUAAAAUUAAACGAACUAAGUAUUCAACUAACGACGGAAAUUUGUGUUCAAACUGUUUCCGAAAAAAAAAACAAAUUUUCGAAAGUAUUAUUACUGCGAACUGCAUUUCGAAUACGUUUAAGCCUACCAAAGACAAAUUACGCCAAACUCUUGUCAAUAAUUUACGUAAAAUAAUACCACAAAAAACUUAAAUAGAUAUACAACACAUGAAAUAUGCCUUCACCUACAAAAUCGUUAAAUCAACGUGAUCGUAUACGCGAUCCGCGCGAAGAAAUCCUACUCGAAACAAAUUUCGAAGAUGAUGGCAUACUGACGCGUGCCUACAACAACAAUCCAUACAAUAAUGGCUCAGCAAUACAUAAUCGACGACGCAGUACCUACCGUUCAGAUCACUCCUUGGACCGUUACACGGAACGUGGUGGCGAAGAAGGUGACUGCUGUCAAUCAUGUAUGUCCCGCAUUCCUUAUGCCACAUUAAUAGCGACACUUAUGUGUCUGCUUGGCGUUGGCAUAUUCUGUGGCACAAUGUAUCGUGGCGCCUCGUUGACGGUGAUUAUGAUGGAUCAAGUAUUUCAUUUGCAUCUAAUUUGGAUUGAAGCGAUUCAAAUGAUUUUCGUCAUAAUUGCUGCGGGAAUGGCGGCGCUUGGCUUUAUGAUACUCUUCGUUGGUUUCCUCGCAACUGGAGCGACACGAUACAAGGUCUAUCGCGCGUGGCGUUCACGAGUGGGUGGGCGCAUCUCGUGUGCAGUGUUCAUGGGCAUCACAUAUUUGCUAAACUUUGUUUGGAUAUUAAUUCUAUGCUUCUUGGUCAUAGUCACCUUUAUCUAUACGAUGUUCUGGAAUAUGUGCUCAAGUGUGGAACGUUCGCUCAGCUGCAUUGAUUUAACACAGUUUCAUUUCAUGUUCCCGCCCAACACCAAACAAGAAGAUAUGAAAAUCUGCGACAAAUAUGAAAUUAAAACCUUCUGCAAGGAUGGCGUCGAGAAUGCCGAAGUUAUGUUCAUUCUCGCCACAUUGGCUGCUUUGCUUGUCAUACUGAGUUUGGUACACUAUCUAAUGUGUCUAGCCGCCAAUUAUGCGCACAUAAGGGAUCAUGAGAAAUUCCAGGAGCUGCAGGAAAUACAAAAUCUAAAUGAGCUCGAGUAUAGCGCAACAUCCAAGGAUCGCUUCUAGGACAUAUUUCAGAAGAUUCAUUUUGAGCUUAAGGAGAAGUGAGCGACAGACAAAACGAAAAGAAAAUAAUAAUAAUAAAAA